CUCUCUGAUGAUCACAGUCCUAACUCAAGAGAGAGUGGGUCAGAGCUCCUGUUGGGAUGCUGGUUCCCUCUGGUGACCAAAGUCCUUCACACGUAUCAGUUUGAUGUCUCGUGCAGUGGCUGCUCGCCAGUGGGCAUCACAUGGGGGGAUCUUAUAGAGGUGUAUUAAAUCAUGAGAGGAAUAAAUCGGGUAGAUGCACAGUGUCUCUUGCCCUGAGUAGGUGAAUCGAAGACCAAAGGACAUAGGUUUAAGGUGAAGAGGAAUCUGAGGGGUAACUUUCUUACACAAAGGGUGGUGGAUGUAUGGAAGAGGUAGUUGAGGCAGGGCCUAUCCCAACAUUUAAGAAACAGUUAGAUAGGUACAUGAAUAGGACGGGUUUGGAGGGAUAUGGACCAACACAGGCAGGUGGGACUAGUGUAGAUGGGACAUGUUGGCCGAUGUAGGCAAGUGGGGCCGAAGGGCCUGUUUCCACACUGUGACUAUGACUCUAUGAUCUAUAUGACUGACUCUAUGAUGUAUUUGAAUCUUUUCCUCUGUUGACCUGGUAAUCUUGCUGUGCCAGAGCUUCACAUUUGCUUAGUCUAGUUUAGUUUAUUAUUGUUGUCACAUGUGCUGAGGUACGGUGAAAACCUUUAUUUUGCCUGCUAUCCUGUCGAAGGAAAGUCUAUUAAUGAAUACAAUCAAGCCAUCCACAGUGCAUGGAUAAAGGGUAUGACAUUUAGUGCUGGAUAAAGUCGGACAAAGUCUGAGCAAAGAUAAUUCAAAGGUCUCCCAUGAGGUAGAUGGGGGUCAGGACCACACUCUAGUUGAUGAGAGGACCAUUCAGUUGUCUGAUAACAGCUGGGAAGAAAUUGUCCCUGAAUCUGGAGGUAUGUGUUUUCAAACUUGUGUACCUCUUGCCUGAUGUGAUAGGGGAGAAGAGGGAAUGACCGGGGUGAGACUGGUCCUUGAUUAUGCUGGUGUAUCUGUGUAAGUUCAGUGUGGUCCCUUGUUCUUCUUGACUGAUAUCUGACUUCCUCUUUUACAGCGGGACUCAAUGGGUAUUUUCCAAAAGCUCAGCAUACAGGCGAACCAUACUUCUACAGACCACCAGGAGAACCGUACUUCUACAUGCCACCAGCAUUACCUUACCACAAUACAUCAGAAUUAUUUCCAGCAAAUCUCCCUGUAGCUCUGUGUAAGCCUGUUGCAAAAAUAAUCACAUUGAGAAAGGAUGGAUGCGAAGUAGAUGUCGUCAGCAAUCACUGCAAAGGCCACUGUACCUCAGAAACCAGGUUUAACGGUGUGACGAAUAUAAUUGAAACUCAUUGUAGCUGUUGUAUUCCGAAGAAAUCCACCAAAAUGACAGCACGUGCCAUCUGUAAAAAUGGCAAGACCGUGCAGAUUAAAUAUACGCUGUUCCAAAAAUGUGAAUGCAGUUACAAACCCUGUGAUCACAUCUACUAGAGGGAUAGCCACACACUGGAUGGAAACUGGAAUGAGCAAGAGAAGUUCUUACAGAGAUGCAAACACAAGAUCAGAUGUCACCAUUGUAUCAAUAUAGUUGCACCUUUAGAAUGAAGAACGGGUGCCCUGAAAUGUAAUUGUUUCUGAAAUUUUGAAAUUAAUACACAUAUCUACCUUUGUUUCUAACAGCUUUGCCUUUCUUACUCAAUUUCUUUGGUGAACAUCCAUUUGUAUCUGUUAAAGAUAAUCUUAUACUUCCAACUAUGAAUAAUAAGUAAACAUUGAUCAAAGUGAUUUCA